AUGGCCCCACGCCGCCAAAAUGAUAGCUUCGGCUCUGUUGGCGAGACCGAUCCUGAGAUUGUGUUGGAAUUGAGGGAGCGCCUCACCGAAGCCUCGAUCAAGUGCUCGGAACGCUGUCUAUACCAGUCGGCAAAAUGGGCGGCCGAACUCCUGAACUCCCUACCUGAAGACCUCGAGGCCGAUAAUGACUCCCGUAUGCAAGAUACGAAUAAUGCCCAGCCCUCGUUUCGAAUCUUCUCAACGACUCACGAUGACCCGGAAGAGGCGAGAUUGGAGGCAAAGGAGGCACCAAAAUACCUCCUGGCAAAGACGUUUUUUGAGACAAAAGAGUUCGACAGGUGUGCUGCGGUGUUUCUGUCGCCGGCAAUCCCAGCUGGCGGCCUUGCCAUCUUCGACAAGCCGAAAGGACGAACACCCACAUCCACACCGUCUCGAGCCAAGGGCAAGUCAAAGCAGAAUGACGCCAACUCGGCCAGCCCGUUCCCUCGUCUCAGCCAGAAAUCGCUGUUUCUGUCACUCUACGCCAGAUACUUGGCAGGAGAGAAAAGAAAGGACGAAGAGAGCGAAAUGGUCCUAGGCCCUGCAGACGGAGGACAAACUACAAAUCGUGAACUGCCGGCCCUAGCCCGGGGGCUGGAAGCAUACUUCAGAGCGAGAGAUGCUGCAGAUCCGCGACUGGAACGGUCGCAGGGAUGGUUGGAAUAUCUGUAUGGGGUCGUGUUGGCCAAGUCAAGACAGGAAGAUCUCGCCCAGCAGUGGCUGCUGCGUUCCGUCCGGCUCAACCCUUAUCACUGGGGAGCCUGGGAGGAAUUGUCGUCCCUGCUGUCAUCCAUCGAUGACCUAACGGCGCAGAUGUCCUCCGCUAUGCUUCCGCAGAACAUCAUGGGCAUUAUCUAUCAAGCCUACGCAUCGGUCGACCUCUUCUCAAUGAGCGAUCAGUCCAACACCGUCGCGUACUUGAAGACCUUGCUGAACUACUUCCCCACAUCGACGUUCCUACUGACCCAGCUUGCGCUAUCAUAUUAUCACGCAAAAGACUACGAAGUAUCCGCCUCGAUUUUCCAGGACCUGUUGACCGCCCAUCCACACCGGCUCGACGGCUUGGACCACUAUUCCAACAUCCUCUACGUGAUGGCCGAUCGGCCAAAGCUAGCUUUCCUGGCCCACCUGGCCACCUCCGUUGACAAGUUCCGGCCUGAAACGUGCUGCGUGGUGGGCAAUUACUACUCGCUCUGCUCGCAGCAUGAAAAAGCAGUCAUGUACUUCCGCCGCGCCCUGACGCUGGACCGGAACUUCCUGUCGGCAUGGACAUUGAUGGGGCACGAGUACAUUGAGUUGAAGAACACACAUGCAGCCAUCGAGUCGUACCGCCGCGCCAUCGACGUCAACCGUAAGGACUAUCGAGCGUGGUACGGCCUGGGCCAAGCAUACGAGGUGCUGGACAUGGGGUUCUAUGCCCUGUUCUACUAUCAACGUGCGGCGGGCUUGAGGCCGUACGAUCCCAAGAUGUGGCAGGCCGUGGGUUCCUGCUACACCAAGAUGAAUCGACUCGACCAGGCCAUCAAAGCCCUCAAACGCGCACUGGUGGCAGGAACGUACUUCGACGAUGCCAACUCUCCCCAGUCCAGCUUCGCCGCAUCCACCGCCACCGCAAGCGUCACAAGCAGUGCGGCGAAACUCAAGUCGCAGCGACCACCCGCUCCCGCACGCAAACUACUCGACCCGGAGACUCUGUACCAGAUCGCCCUUCUGUACGAGCGCAGUGGCCCUGACGGUGAGGCCGAGGCCGCGCGGUAUAUGGCCCUCUGCGUUGCGCAGGAGACGGGCGGCACCCACAAGUCCGUGCUCGAGGCGGAGAAGGCGUUACGCAAACGCCAACGCAAGGAGGCCCGGGCCAGCGCAAUCGCAGAAGAGCGCCGAGCCCGUGUGGCUACCAUGAGGGCGGAAGCGGGCCGGGAUGCGGAUGUCAACCUUGAGGACGAUGUCGGAGAUCUGGGAGGAGAUGAUGAUACCGAGAUUCUGUCGUCGCCGGCUUCGGCGGCGAGCGAUGUCGAGAACGCAGAUGAAGGAGACGGCGACGGCGACGGCGACGGGUUCGGCACAGGGACGACAGCCACGACAUCAAAAGCACGGCUGUGGCUGGCACGGUGGAGCGUGAAGACCGGGGACCUGGACCGGGCCGAGAGACUGGCCGAAGAACUGUGCAUGGAUGGUUACGAGGUGGAGGAGGCAAAAGGCUUGGUCAGAGAGGUCAGAGGGCGGAGAGAGGGGUUGCUAGGCAGUGAGUUCUGA